AUGUCUACGAUUCCGUCCGUUAAUGAUUUAUUAGAACAACCGUUACAGAAUGAAACAUCAGAAGACGAAAUAAUGCAGGAUCAAGUGGGACAGAAUGAGUUUGAAAGUUUGGACGAAGAUCAAAUAAUGCAAGAAGAUGCCUAUGAUUACAGCGUAGCAUGGGAUAGAUCUAGGUCUCCCAGAGAAAGAAAUUCGGGAGAGAGAGAAGUAGAGCAAAGUAAUGAAACUAUCAUAAGAAGAAUCUGUUCAUACCCAAUAUCUCCCCAUCAAAGCGUCUGGAGUCUGAUGCAAAUGCAGUAUCAUUUCCUACUUCUUUUAGACAUUUCUGUAUUGAGAAAACAGAUGUACUGUGAUACACAUGUGAGACAUGACAUGAAGUUGGGUCGUUUUUCUUUAUUUGGCAUUCCUUCUUUUCUAUUCCCCACUUCCCACACCCUUUGUCCCAUUCUAACCUUUUCUUUCCCUACUGUUUUCACCUUUUCUUUCUCACCACAUUCUCUCUCCAUCACUCUAAUCAUUUCUCUUUCUCUCUCACCACAUCCUCUCUUUCUCUCAACACAUCCUCUCCUCUUCUCUCUCACCACAUUCUCUCUCCAUCAUGCUAAUCUUUUCUCUUUCACCACAUCCUCUCUUCAUCUCCCUAACCUUUUCUUUUUCUCUCUCACCAUGUCCUCUCUCUGUAUCUCUAACUCUUUCUCUCUCACCAUGUUCUCUCUCUAUCUCUUUAACCUUUUCUCUUUCCUCUCACCACAUCCUCUCUACUUCUCUUCAAGCUUUUCUCUUUCUCUCAACAUAUUCUCUCUCUUUCUCUAUAACCUUUUAUCCCUCUAUUCCCCUCUCUGUACAGCCUUUUACCAUAACACUUUUCCUUCACACUUUCUCUCUAACUGUUAUCCUUCAUUUUUCCCCUAUUUUUUUAACACAUGUUUUCAGUUCAGAUGA